AUCAACUGUGUCCGAAAGACAAUUAGAUUACAAAAGAAAAUCACAGCGAGAGCAAGUGCGGAGAAGAUUUAAUUUGAGGAGUCCUCUUUACACUGUUCCAAAUAGAAUCCAUGGUUGGACCAGCUACAACGGCAGGGAGCUCACGUCAUGAAAAGAGAAAAGAGGCUCGCUUGCAGAAGAGUCAGAAGAAGCAUGAAUCUUGGCUUGAGCGUCAGAAGUUGCAAAAGGAGAAACGAGCAUCAUCAUCAUCAGUUCAGACAAAGACUGAUGACGUGGUCAAGCCUAAACCUUUUCUCGAGAUAAAUUAUAAAGAAACAGAGCAUGUGAAAUCAGUUAGUAGUGGAAACAAGGAUGAUAAAAAGUCUUUUACACAAAAGAAAGACGUAACUAGAGUGAAACCAAAGGAGAAGAAGAUGCAAAGAGGACGCGGGAUGAAAGAUGAAAAGAAGCCAAGGAAGAAGACUAAGUUUGAAGAGUUUCUUGAAAUGGAGACACAGAGCGCUUUACAAUCUGCUGAGCAGGAUAUUGCACUUGAGAGGAAGCUCGCGAAGAAGCUCAAUGUAAAGAAUGGGAAACUGAGAGGCGUGGAUGAUGGUAUGAAUGAACUGUUUGAAGGUCUUCCAUCUGUGUUGGAUUCAAUGGAAUCUGAACUUGGUAAGAAGGGUAAAAAGAGUAAGAGAAAGAGAUCAGAGGAAAAACAGAACUAUGAGGUUGUUGAUAAGCAAGUAGAUGAAGACUUUGAGCUUGGAGAAUCUGAUUUUUCUGAGGAGGAAAGCGAAGAAGAGCCUAAAAGAAAAAGAGACCGUAAGAAUAAGAAGAAGACUUUAGAUGAUGAAGAACUAGAUAACCAUCCCAUGGAGAUCACAGAUGAUGAUGAUGAGUUAGAGACUGUUAACGAUCAAGAUUCACCGUCAAGUUUGGAGAAAGAAGAAUCUCCUCUGCGGAAAUCUAAUCCUGAGAGCAGCGUCAAGUAUGUUGCUCCUCGUUUUCGGUCUAAGGCCAAAAGUGAAUCUGAAGAACUCACUAAAUUACGUACACGAGUAAAAGGUCUCCUAAAUAAGAUGGCUGAAUCAAAUGUAGAAACCAUAACAGCAGAACUUUCUACACUCUAUCGUAGUGUUGCAAGAAGUGUGUCCUCUCAGAUUUUCUGUAAAGAGAUUUUGGCAACUUAUGCCAGAGGCAAUGAACAGUACGCUGUAUUUGCUGCUUUUAUUGCUGGCAUGGCUUGUCAAGUUGGAAUGGAUUUUAGUGCACAUCUUAUUGCUUCACUUGCUAAAUCUUUCGAGGAUGAAUACCAGAAAGAAGACAGUCUCUCUUUGAAUGGAAUCACUCUUUUACUUUCUUAUCUCUGCAAUUUGGGAGUUUGCUCCAGUGAUCUUAUUUAUGAUUUCUUAAUGACAUUGGCGAACCGGCUGACUGAAGUUGAUGCCUCCACUAUUUUAACCGUCUUAGAUAGCUGUGGAAUGAAGAUAAGAAGUGAUGAUCCUGUAGCUAUGAAAACCUUCAUCAUAAGCAUCCAGAACAAGACAAAUGAAAUCAAAACCUCCCCUGAUUGCAAGACUGAUAUAAAUAAAUUCACAAUGGAAAAAAUGCUUGAAACCAUUGCUGCAAUCAAGAACAACAAGUUAAGAGCCAAAGAGGAUUCCGUCCAGAACACAAGGGUAAAGAAAUGGCUUCAAAAGUUGAGAGUGGACGAAGUACUAUUAAGGGGGCUCACAUGGAGCAAGCUGCUUGACACCGAGAAGAAGGGCCAGUGGUGGUUAUCUGGCGACUUGGUGGUUAAAACAAACCACGCUGAAGAUGUAGCGGAAACAAUGGACGCUGAGGUUGUUGAGGCUCAGAAAAUGUUAAAGCUAGCUGAUGCACAGAGGAUGAACACAGAUUCCAGGAAAGCUAUAUUUUGUGUCAUCAUGAGUAGUGAAGACUACAUUGAUGCGUUUGAGAAACUUCUUAGAUUGGAUCUGCCAGGAAAGCAGGACAGAGAGAUCAUGAGGGUUCUAGUUGAAUGCUGUUUACAGGAGAAAGUAUUUAACAAGUACUACACAGUUUUGGCUUUAAAGCUGUGUGAGCACGACAAGAACCAUAAGUUUACACUACAGUAUUGCAUAUGGGACCAUUUCAAAGAACUAGAGUCAAUGUCACUUCAGAGAUCAAUGCAUCUGGCGAAAUUUGUGGCCGAGAUGAUUGUAUCAUUCAAUCUUUCUCUUGCGGUUCUCAAAUGUGUAGACUUUGCAAAUCCAGUGCAGUUAACUCCAAAGAGAAUCAUGCACUUUCGGAUGCUGUUUGAAGCCAUCUUCGAGAACACUGAGAAACUUGUGUGGAACUUGUUCACUCGCAUAGCGGUGAAUCCGGACUAUGAAGCUCUACGGGAUGGCAUCAAGUUCUUCAUGAAGGAAUAUGUAGUGAAAUCUAAUAAGAAGUUCUAUGAAAAGUUCAGGAAAGCUAAAGAAGCUCUUAACAAUGCAGAUGGAACGCUGCUCAUGUGAUUCUUGUUGCCAUGCCAAGGCCAAGAGUCUUUUAAAGCUCUUAUGAGUUUACUUUAAUAGUGUCAUUGUGACAUUGUACACAUUUUCGCUUGACUGAGACUUUUUUCUUUUUUGUAGCUACUAUUUAAAGGUUUCCAAAUUUCAGGAUCCCAAGUUUAAAUAAAAACUUGUAGAAACGGA